GAAUGAACGGACUUUUCUUUUUAGGCCUGUAUUGAUGAAAAUUUGGACAUGGUGAAGUUUCUGGUGGAGAACAGAGCCAAUGUAAACCAGCAAGACAACGAGGGCUGGACACCCCUUCAUGCAGCAGCUUCCUGUGGCUAUCUCAACAUAGCAGAGUAUUUCAUUAACCACGGAGCCAGUGUAGGUAUUGUCAAUAGUGAAGGUGAAGUUCCCUCUGACCUUGCAGAAGAGCUAGCCAUGAAGGAUCUUCUUCUGGAGCAAGUAAAGAAGCAAGGAGUUGAUCUAGAGCAGUCAAGAAAAGAAGAAGAGCAGCAGAUGUUGCAGGAUGCCCGCCAGUGGCUCAACAGUGGGAAAAUAGAGGAUGUGAGGCAGGCUCGCUCAGGGGCUACAGCCCUUCAUGUGGCUGCUGCCAAGGGCUACUCUGAAGUUCUCAGACUUUUAAUUCAGGCUGGCUAUGAACUCAAUGUUCAGGAUUAUGAUGGCUGGACUCCUCUCCAUGCUGCUGCACACUGGGGAGUGAAGGAGGCUUGCUCCAUCCUGGCAGAAGCACUCUGUGACAUGGAUAUUCGAAACAAACUGGGCCAGACACCAUUUGAUGUAGCUGAUGAGGGUCUUGUGGAACAUUUGGAGAUGCUCCAGAAGAAGCAGAAUGUGCUUCGAAGUGAAAAGGAGACACGGAAUAAACUCAUUGAGUCAGACCUAAAUAGCAAGAUGCAGAGUGGGCUCUUUAAAAACAAAGAGAAGAUGCUCUAUGAGGAGGAGACUCCUAAGUCCCAAGAGACGGGGGAAGAAAACAAAGAAUCUAGUAGCUCCAGCUCAGAGGAGGAGGAAGGUGAAGAUGAAGCUUCUGAGUCAGAAACUGAGAAGGAGGCAGAUAAAAAGACAGAAGUCUUUGUCAACCAUUCCAGCUCUGAAAGCAAGAGUAGUAUCACGGAGCAGAUACCAGCACCAGCUCAAAAUACCUUCUCUUCCUCUUCUGCUAGGAGGUUCUCUUCUGGCCUUUUUAACAAGCCGGAAGAGCCCAAAGAUGAAUCUCCUUCUUCAUGGAGAUUGGGACUGAGAAAAACUGGCAGCCACAACAUGCUGAGUGAGGUGGCCAAUUCCAGGGAACCUCUAAGGGACCGAGGCUCUUCCGUCUACCGCUCUUCUUCAAGCCCUCGAAUUUCUGCUCUGCUGGACAACAAAGAUAAGGAGAGAGAAAACAAAAGCUAUAUUAGUUCACUAGCACCCCGGAAGCUCAAUAGUACAAGUGACAUUGAAGAAAAGGAGAACAGAGAAUCAGCUGUUAAUCUAGUGAGGAGUGGCUCCUAUACCCGGCAGCUAAGGAGGGAUGAAGCAAAGGGAAAUGAAACCCCACAGACAAUUGCUCCUUCCACUUAUGUAUCAACCUACUUGAAAAGUGCUUCAUUUGGUAGGAGUAGUGACCCCACAAGUCCCUACAUUUCAGCCAAUCGCAAUUCAUCUCCUGCUACCUCACCCAUUACCAUUGGUUCAUCUACCUCUCGGGGCAGCCAGUGGCAACCUGCCUCUUCUUGCCCUGCACCAAUCAGUGCAAACUCUACUGCAUCUGUACAUCAUGGCAGGAUUCCUCACAAAUCCCAGACUGACUCCACAGCAGAGAAAACAGCAGACAAUGUCUCUUCUAGCACCCCGCUUUGUGUGAUUACCAAUCACCCUCUGCCAAGCACUGCCAAUGGGGUUACAACUACUCCUGUGCUCUCCGUUACUGGAACAGACUCCUCUGUGGAAGCCAGGGAGAAGAGGAGGUCCUAUCUGACUCCUGUACGGGAUGAAGAAGCAGAGUCUUUACGGAAAGCACGCUCCAGACAAGCUCGGCAGACACGAAGGUCUACUCAAGGUGUCACCCUAACAGAUCUUCAAGAAGCAGAAAGGACUUUCAGCCGGUCGAGGGCAGAGAGAAAGGCUCAGGAGCAGCCUUGUGAGAAGCCCACAGACACUGAAGGGGGGCUUGAGGGGAGCCCUGAGAAGCAUGAGCCCUCAGCAGUCCCAGCAACGGAAGCUGGGGAGGGCCAGCAGCCCUGGGGCAGGAGUCUGGAUGAAGAGCCUAUCGGUCAUCGCCUGAGGUGUCCAACUCAGCCAGACAAACCCACCACGCCAACAUCUCCUUCUACAUCAACACCCUCGCUCUACACCAGUUCCAGUUCCCACCUGCUACGGACAAAUAGAUUCUCAGACCCUGAUUCUGAGAGUUCAAAGACUACCACGAACACUACAACUGCAAAGGAAAUGGACAAAAAUGAGAGUGAAGAAGCAGAUUUGGAUGAGCAGUCCUCUAAGAGGCUGUCCAUCCGAGAGAGGAGGCGGCCCAAGGAACGGCGAAGAGGCACAGGCAUCAAUUUCUGGACAAAGGAUGAGGAUGAAACUGAUGUCUCUGAAGAGGUCAAAGCAGCAUGGCAUGAAAGACUUUCUAGGUUGGAAUCAGGAGGUAGUAAUCCUACAACCAGUGAUUCUUAUGGUGACCGGGCUUCAGCAAGAGCCCGUCGGGAGGCCCGGGAGGCCCGUCUAGCCACCCUGACCAGCCGUGUAUAAAAAAGUAGGCUCUUUAUUCAAUUUUCCAGUUCUUGGGUGAUGUAUAAACCUCUCAGCCUUUCCCCACCGCACCCAGAAAAAUUACUGUAGUUUUGAAUAAUCAGAAGAAAAGAUAAGUAAUAAU